AAAUUGUGACACUAUAAAUACAGUAUUCUCUUGUUUCCUUUUUUAAAAUUAUUCAUCUCCGCCGUGACCCGAUCGGAAUUGCCACCAUCACAGCCCUUACACCGCCGCAAGCGUAAUAUUCUCGCCGGCGGGGCGAAUUUUUACCGGGAAGUCUACCGAAAAUGUCAUCGAGGGUGUCGGUAACAGUUUCACAAGACGGAACUUGUGAUUACAGGACUGUGCAAGAAGCCAUAGACGCCGUUCCACUAUCAAAUAAGUGUCGCACUGUGAUUCGUGUAGCGCCUGGUGUUUAUAAGCAGCCAAUUUAUGUCCCGAAGACGAAAAAUUACAUUACACUUGUUGGGCUUAGUCCUGAAGCUACUGUUCUCACCUGGAAUAAUACUGCCACUAAAAUUGAUCACCAUCAGGCAGCAAGGUUAAUUGGUACUGGUACAUUUGGGUGUGGGAGUACAAUAGUGGAAGGAGAGGAUUUUAUUGCUGAGAACAUCACCUUUGAAAACUCUGUUCCUGAGGGAUCAGGACAGGCAGUGGCAAUCAGAGUUACAGCUGAUCGUUGUGCAUUUUAUAAUUGCAGAUUUCUUGGUUGGCAGGAUACGUUGUAUUUGCACUACGGGAAGCAAUAUUUGAAAGAUUGCUAUAUCGAAGGAAGUGUAGAUUUUAUUUUUGGUAAUAGUACUGCUCUCUUAGAGCAUUGUCACAUACACUGCAAAUCGGCAGGAUUCAUUACUGCACAAAGCAGGAAAUCUUCUCAAGAGACAACUGGUUAUGUGUUUCUGAGAUGUGUGAUCACUGGUAGCGGAGCGACCUCAUAUACACAUCUUGGACGCCCAUGGGGGCCUUUUGGGAGGGUGGUUUUUGCCUAUUGUUAUAUGGAUCACUGUAUUAAGCAUGUCGGUUGGAACAACUGGGGUAAAACAGAAAAUGAGAGAACUGCUUGCUUCUAUGAGUACCGGUGUUAUGGACCGGGUAGUUGCCCGUCAAAACGUGUCACCUGGGCCAGAGAAUUGAUGGAUGAAGAAGCAGAACAAUUUGUCAUGCAUGGCUUCAUUGAUCCUGAUCAACAAAGCCCUUGGCUGUGUCAGAGGAUGGCGCUGCGCAUACCAUAUUCAGCUUAAAGCCCAGUGUCUCGCCACUACCUCGUUAGAUAUCCUUUUGCAGAUCAAUACUUUAAAGUUUCCGCUUUAAUCUUGAUAUUCCACGCGAUAUAAAUAAAAACUUUAGUGGCUAUGUUGCUUUUGUUAUUGUACCAAGUUAACUAAAGCUUCUGGGAGAGUAUCUUCUACUACUAUGAAGAUCAUUUUCGACUUCACCGUUAGGAGUUCCUCCAUAUAGAAGCUAUGGUGGUCGAGAUGGUAAAUGUUUACACACACUUGAUGUUUACACCAAACUACGUUAAUUUUACCAUAGCUAAAUGAUAAGUUGAGAUGAGGAUGUGUUGAUCAA